CAUCAAGAGGACAAUCGUACAGUAUCACCUGCCUUCUUAAAGUCUCUACCAAAAAGAGGAGCGAAAUUUGUUUCCUGCUUGUGGGUGUUGUAAUACGGGAAUAAAUAAGAAAAUUCUAUUCGCACGGUGUUCAACUCAGACUUUUCAAGGUUGUGCACGUCGCCCUAACGAACGCCGAUACGUUUCGCUGGAAACUAUAGUCGAAGAAGAUUCAAAUUGGCGAACAUUCGGAUCGCUGUACAUUUUGUUUUUAGUGCAAGCGUACAUAGAUGCACGUGGAUUAUAAUAUGUAUCGUAGGGAUGAUUUAAAGAGAUUCGAAGAUUGUUGGUUAGUAGCUCCGCGCUGUACAGGGGUAGAAUUGUGUCUGAGUAAAUUUCUAUGACGAUAUGAGGUUGGUUGGUUAAAUUGCACAUGCGCCAGCGUCGGUCUCCAUGGAAACGGGAUGCUAGCCACCGCGUGUGAAUGCGUAUUGAUUACUCCACUCUUGCUCCAUUCCACGAUCUCUUGUUACUCGUCGUGUCUUCUCCUGUCACCCCGCCGACCCUGCUCUACCUCCUCUUUCUCCACUUUCUUUUCUCUCUUCCUCCUCGUUCGUGCAACGAAUCAUCCCGCUCCAUCCACGACCUUUCCCCCUUUUUUUUCUUCUCCAAAUUAGCUCCGUAAUGUCUCUGCCCGCUCUUCACUCCCUUUGCAUAGACCAGAAAUCUUUUCUCUGCUAGCUUUUCUAUCUCGCCACGAGUAGCGGAUCUCUUUCUCUAAAAGCCAUCGUUUGUCUUUCGAUUUUAAGUAAAUCGAGCUGUAUUCUGGGAAGAGGUGAUACGCGCAGAUCCAUGACGAACCUGUACACGGAGUCACAGUAGCAUUGGUAGCCUUGCAACUGGCUGAAAAUCACAGUGACGUUAAGUCAAAGUUUGGAGAAUUUGAGCUGUUAGAAGGAAUAAUGUAUAGAAGUACGAAAAACAGUUGUAACAUGAUUAUAAACGCAAAUAUAUAAACGUAGAAUACAGUAUUAUAAGAACUAGCAGCGAACUGACGUAUACUAUUCUGAUUCUCUCAGCCAGACAAUUAUCGAAUUUAAGUGUUCAAGUACUUUCGAGUAUUUUUUAGUUAAAUGAUUGAAUUAUUGUGAAAUUCUUCCUUAUUUUCUUCGUUUUCCUUAUACACAGUUCUUUUCGUUAUUGUUAGAAUUUUCAACGCAAUUUCCUCGAUUCGCCAUUCUACUUUUCCCCAGAAAGCUCGUCAGUUACAAUCAAAAUAACAAGAUUGCCCCCAUAUUACGCUCUUUGACCUCUCGGAUCUUUUCCCUUGUAAAUUAGGUGAUUCUAACUGCUUUCUUUCGUCAUAUUUUUAAAACCCGCGUUUUCUUCUCUUCAACCUUGCAAGUGGUUCACGCACAAUGGACAGACAAAUUUUGCACUAUGUUGUAAGGGGAUACAUUUACUAAGAUCGACAAUCACCGACACAAAAAAUAUCUAGGCGGAACAGAUUGCUCCAUUGUGCUUUGUAACGCCGAUUAUAUUAAAAGGACGAAAUUUCGAUUCAUCGACGAUCGUACACGAUAGAAUAUUUCAUACAAGGUCCCUGCCAACAGAUCGGAUUCGUAACCAAGUCACCUCACUUUCUUAUCUAAUUUAUCUAAAAUUUCCUCAAUGAGGAUCAAGUCAAUCUGUCUUUGUAUUUCAGUACCAGCGAAUGUAUUGAUGCAUGACGUUGUCGAAAGUUGUGGGAAAAAUCAUUGAAAAGUUCCAAAUAAAGAGAACGAAGAAAAUUGCCAAUUUGGUCUGUACGAUGAAAAUAAACUGACACGAUGCAAUUCUUUUUAUGCAUGGGAAAGUAAAAAGAAGACUAAUGUGUACGCUUCCUGAACUUUCAAGAAAAUAAUGAUAAUAUCAACCAAACUAUGUACAUGCAAUUAAAGAGCGCAUUAGCAAGAACGCAAACACGAUCCAGCGCUAAUGUGAAAGCGAUAGAUGCGAGUGUCUAUCGCUUUCAAGAUUUGACCUGUUGUUCCUUGUUCUAUCAGAAUGUGAAAUUUCACUUAAAACUGUAGUAACAAAUGGACGUUAAUUAAACCCUUAGCGUGACGGUAAGGAUAUUGUUGGCUCACUCGUGACACUUAUAUUUUCACCGGCAUGCUCGUACACAUCUCUUGGUCAUGCUUCGUGAUUUACAGAGACGCAACUAAACACACAAAUUUUUUCUAUCCAAGAUAAUACGAAUACGAAGUAUAAAUGAAAAUAGAAUGCAAAUACGAAAGUUAAAGAAAAAAAUUCUUAUUAAAAUAAGAAUUUUUAUCAACUAUAACCAAUGUAUUUUUUAUCGAAUAAUUUUCCCAAUUGAAACGACGAUGCAAGGAAAGCUUAGAAAGAGAGCCGCCAGUCCUGAAGGACAAACUCGCGACAAUAUUCCAUGCGUGGCCACUAUAUAAAGAGGUGAAACUCGUGGAAAAGAAGCACUUUUGUUUCCCCAGUCUUUACGUUAAAACGUAUCUAGAAAUUUUACUAUCUCGCAACGAAUUGUUACCUAAGUAGAUUUUUUAUUAAGAUGUCGCAACGACUCAUUUGCGCUCUGCUAACGACUAGCGUUCUUUGCUGUGCACUCGCGGACAAUAAUGAAUUCGCCGCGGCUCCUGAAUUCGUUAAGAAACAGCUCACGAAAGAUAAACUGUUGACGGACGUCGUACGCGCUAAAAAUUCUUCCAAGACGCCAUAUCUGUAUAGAGUAGUGUCUGAUAACGCGCAACAUGAACAAAAGAAUUUGGAUAAAUAUUCACGAACGAAUAUUAAUCAGCGAUUGAAAUCUGAUUCAAGAGAUAAUUUCAGUUGCUGCGGAUCCAGAUACGGUUCCAAUUCGUCAACGCGACCUGAUUCCUAUCACAGUAGGAUCCCUGUGGACAACGGUCGAUAUCAAACUAAAUUUGCUGAACGUUUACCCACUGAUAGAUACGGCUGGCAAACUCACGGACCACCACCAAGUUUAAGCGGAAGACCCGGAAGUGGAAGUUACGCUGGAACUGCGUUUUACGAAGGAAGUCAUACAGGAGAUAGAUUUGGUCCACGACCGAGUUAUGGGAGCGAAGGUUCACGCAAACCUGGUAGUUAUGAUUCCGGCGGAGGAUAUGGUUAUGCUGGCAGUGGUUUCGGAGGAUAUAGCUUUAAUCGACCAACUGGUUACGGAGGUGAUUAUGGAAUUUCAGGGACCUUCGCUAAUGGCGAUGAAUUCGGAUCUGUGGAGCCAAAUCGUCCAGAUGGACAUCCUCCUCCCCAUCCGAAUAUUAACGCGCAGAAGGCCGUCGCUUUAAAGGCAUUGGCAGGUGUUGCGUUAAUUGGUGCAGCCGCCGCUUUAGCAACGAAUCCUGUUCUUCUUCCGCUCGGAGUUGUAUCAGGCAGAAAGAAACGAUCGAGUUUGUCCAUCAAAGACAGAAAUGAUUAUAUGAAUUACAUUUUAACAAACUUGAAAAGUAACGUUACCAAGAAUGAUGAAGAUGGAAACAAAGUAUCUCUCUCGCCGACGUGUGUAGCUAGAGUUACGUGCGAGAUUCAAAAGAAUUACUGGAUCAAUCGUAAGAAGGACGCUAACUUUUUCAAAGAAAUAUCAGCAUUGGAACAUCGUCUUAAGAAUUUGCUUCUAGACAAUGUACACGACGAUGAACUUGUGAAUAUGCGCAUUAGAAGAUUAGUAAGAGCGGCAACCAUUGUUGCCGUGAAUGGAGACAAUUGCAACGCAUUUACUUGUACUCUUGUACAAAUUAAAACAAGCAAGAAUCUAUCUGUUCUUAAACUAUAGAAUUUGUCAAAGAAUUGUAACUGGAUAUUCUUCUAAAUAUAAAAACCGACAAAAAAAUAAAGGCGUAAAAUUUUGCGCUGA